AUGGCCCGUCGACCUGAGCCCUUCAGAGAACUGUUACUGGUCUGCGGAGAGACAGGUAGUACAGAAACUGAGAAUAAGUGUUUAGGAAACUUUACGGCGAUUUUGCAGCUGCGGCGUCUGGAGAAGGUCGGGGUGUUGUCACUUCCGCCGGAGCCGCUCUCUGUAUCCGGGUCGGCUGCUGCCGCUGUGGCUGAGGGACUGGGCCCGGGUCUCGCCGUCGGAGGGGAGCGGGCUCCGCUCGGCGCUACCUUCUGCGACCUGGCCGUCAGCCCUGCGUCGCCGGCCUGGAGGGGCGAAGAAGACGAGGAGGCCAAGGGUUCCUCCGGGGACCUUGGCUCUCUGGAUUAUCAGGAGCUUGUAGUUGACAUUGAGUCCAGGCUGAGGAUGGAAGGUGUUGAACUUAAGGAAGAAUGGCAAGAUGAAGAUUUUCCAAUACCUUUACCGGAAGAUGAUAGUAUUGAAGCAGAUAUUUUAGCUGUAACUGGACGAGAGAGUCAGCCCGGCUCACUAGAAGUUAAUGGCAAUAAAGUGAGAAAGAAACUAAUGGCUCCUGACAUUAGCCUAACCCUGGAUCCUAGUGAUGGCUCUGUGUUGUCAGAUGAUUUGGAUGAAAGUGGGGAGAUUGACUUAGAUGACUUAGAUACACCAUCGGAGGACAGUAAUGAAUUUGAGUGGGAAGGUUUGCCUGAUAGUGCUGCACUUUGUAAACAACUACCUUGA